AUAUAAGCUAUCAGACGAGAUGGAAACAGCAUCAGUAGCUAUCUAGCAGUCUACAAAAGAAGUGCAAGAUGAGAUUCCUGAUUGUAACCGUCGCCGUCUUCGCCUGCGCUGCAGCGGCACCCAGUGCCCUGCUGCCAGCAGCAUACUCCGCCGGCCUGAUCAACCCCUGGGCGGCACCCUUAGCCGCACCCUGGGCAGUCGCCUCCCCCUUAGCCGUCGCCAGGACCGUGGCUCUCCCAGCUGCAGUACCAACCAUCCCCCCUGGUGACAUCCAGGGUGCAGCCAUCGAAGCCAACACCAACGCUGUGGACGCCGUCCGCGCAGUCAACGACCAGGCUUCCGAACUCCAAGGCAGAGCCAUCAACGCUGCUGAAGACCACGCUUGGCAAUCCGUCAGCGCUGUCCAAACUGCCCAGGCUCAGGUUGACGGAGCCGCCGCCAGCAUUGCCCCCAACGUAGCCAAAUCCCUCGUGUCCCCAGUUGCCCCCAUCGCCGCCUACGCCGCUGCCCCCAUCACCACCUACGCUGCUGGCCCCGCUCUGUACUCUUCCGCCAUCUCCCCCCUCGGUCUCGCCGGCCGAGUCGCCUACGCCCACGGGUGGUAAUCUAGCCAAAACACCUUAGACCUAAUGACGACGUGAUAUUAAACAACAAUUUAAUUGUU